AUGCCGGUCUUCUCUUCAAUAUCUCGGGGAACACCAACCCCAGAUCAGACUGUGGAAACGCAGCAGGCUGGGUCAAAGGACAGAGACUUUGCGGCAGCAUUGUUCGAGAACGCAAACGUUUCUUCCAUCUUCACCCUUGCCGUGCAGUUCGACAUUCCAUCAUGCGACUUGCCGAUGCUGCAAGGACUCCCAAAUGCUUCAAUGGCCGUUGAGAGGACACUGAAAACAACGCUGCGGAAUCAGCUAGAAAGAUUCAAGGGCUACUAUGGCAAGAGCUUCGAGCGUUUUGCCACCCGCUCCUGCGGAACCAUGAGAACAUUUGCAAACUCCUGUUUCUCGGAUGGGAAAGUACACAACUGCUUCCAUCUUUGGCUUUGGAGCUUGCUGUAUACGGAUCUGCGGUCAUUCAGCUCGGAUCUGACCAAGGCCAAUAUCAGCUUCGACAUUAUCGCCGGUGUAGCGGCGGUGCAUGGUCUCGGUCUCGUCCAUGGAGACAUCAAACCCGCCAACAUUAUCGUCAACCAUCAUCCUUCUCGCCGCCUUGUAGCGAAGAUCUCGGACUUGAACGGUGUCGCCCCCUGA